GGGCGACUAAUUUCCUCUUGCUGUUCCUGCCAGCAUGGUGGUCGUGGUGUUGCACAUGAUGCCCCCGAUCCGCCAUCUCCUCCAGCGCUGCUGGCAGCGGCUGGAGCGCGGCCUCUUGCCGGCCGUCUGCGGUGUGCAGAGCCCGCUCUGGGGGCUGGCGCCGGCCGUCCAAGCCCCCGCUUGUCUGCCGGAGCCGGCAGCGGGCACCGCAGAGAGUGGAGAGGGGCCGGGCUUCCUCGGCGGCGUCUUGUGGAUGGCGGCGCCGAAGAAAAGACGCAGCAUCGAGGUGAACCGCUGCAGGAGGAGGAAUCCUAGCAAGCUCAUACCAGUCAAGAGGAACAUAGAUGUUUGCCCCGAGUGUGGAAACUUGAAACUGAAGCAUGUUCUUUGUGGUUAUUGUUAUGCGAAAGUCAAAGCAGAGACUCAACAGAUACGGAGGGAAAUAAAAAAGGAAGGAGGAGCAUUUAAUGCUCCUACUGUAGAGAGUGUAGUCCUUUACGAUGGAGAAAAGCCCACCGAAAAAGAUGAAGGCAAGCGGAUCAUUGAGAGAGCCAGGAAGCGUCCAUCUUGGUUUAUUCGAAAUUAACGUCUUGUUGGACAUCUACAUACAGUACAGUGACUACUUUGUAUGUUAAUGUUGUAUGCUGUUUUUGUAAAUAUAUAUGUAUUUUUUAAUUACUAUUAACAAAGGAAAAAUUACAGGUAUAAAAUAAAGACUCCUAAAGAAAUAUGCUUUCCAGUUUUGGCUUCUGGUCUUAGAAAAAAAAUGUUUAAAAUUAUUGUUGAUUGGAAACAAGUAAUAUUAUUGAGGAAGGAUGUGGUUAUCUGAUAAUUUCCAUUGCUCUUAAUAGAAUCUGCCUGGAUAUCUCCACAGUACGGCUGUUUGAAAUUCUCAGUGAUAUAUCUGUUUUUCGGUGAAACUGCAGCUGCCAGGUGAUGUGUGCUCUUUUUCAGUACUAGACUGAAGGUUAUUCACUUAGUUGUCAGUAUGCAAAAUAAUGCCCCUCGGGUGCAAUGUGAUUACUUCAGUGGAGUAACGAGCUGACAUGCAGUAACUGGAAAUCUGUAAGUUGUUUAAGUAUCAAAGCUCGUUAUUUGCAACCAUUCCCGUUUGUAGUCUGGAUGGUCAGUUUGUGCUCAGAAAUCUGCAAAGAACUUUCUGACUUGUGUCUUCUGCAGAGGGAGGGUGGCUUUUUGGUGCUGUAGUCACAGCAGCUAGCUCUGUAUUUUUCAUUUGAUUUUAGCUACCCAGAAGUACCACGAGCAUUAAAGAUUUUAACUAGUUUCAAUUAACUGCCUGAGCCUAUGCUGUCCUGGUUUGGGGAGCUGUGGUGGUGAAGAACUAUGCAGUGGCUUUCCACUUUCGUUUUUUUUUUUUUUUUUUUUUUUAUUGUCUGCCUUUUUGUACAGACUUCCCCCAAAUUGGGCAAUUGAUCUAGUACCUGAGUUAGUGGUUGGCAACCCUGUCUGGAGCAGGGGAUUUGGAACUAGAUGGUCUUUGAGGUCCCUCCCAACCCAAACCAUUCUAUAAUUCUAUGAAAACAAAGUAGAAGCUUUGAUUUCUUCCUGUUUAAAUAGCUUUGAUUUUUUUUUCCUAUCAGUAAUAAUGAGAAAUGAAGAAAUUAUGAAUAAAUAUUCUUUUUAAAAUAUUAAACAUGUUAGAGGAGUAGAACCACCGGAAAAAAAUAGGGGACGAUUUUACUUCUCUUCAGAAUAAUGGAAUUGUGAUUUAUUAUAGAAAAAAGUAUUAGAAUCUGGGAUGUAUGUCAAUGUGUUCAUUUUCUGGAAACUAGAAGUCUCACAUAUGAUUAGAUGAUAAUAAAAGCAUGCAGUAAAGAGCA